GUUCCAUGGAGCACCUGGGAAGGCGCCCCGUGGAACUCGGAGGUGCCAUGAGGUUUCUGAUGUUGAAACAGUUGCCUGGUGAGGUUCUUGGAAGGCAGAGAGGGGCGGCAGAUGGGAGGCUUGCAGGCUGAUUGAAGAUUCGGUUGGCCGAGGAGAAGGAGCAGGAUGUGUUUGCAGCGAGGUGCUCAGCCUGGCUUGCGAGAGAAUGAGUGCAUUGCCGUUUCAGAGUCAGAUUUCUCCUGUUUCUCCCUGCCCAGCAGCAGUGCACAGCAGUCCCCAGUUCAGCCCGUGCAGGAGGGGUGCUGUGUUGUUGCCAGGCUUGUAAAACGACUUCCCCCUCCUUCCUCCCGGUCCUUUUUUGGCAGCGGUUUUCCCCUUUCCCCACUGGACCAAACCAGUCUGGGUCUUGAGCAUUUCCUGGUGAUUCCUUGAGUUCCUGUUGUUGCUGUUGUUCUGCAGCCUGUCACUGCUUGUUUUUUUGUCUCAAGAGCACAGUGCUACAAGUUUGGAAGUGGCAGUCCCCAAGAAGCCUUUCCCUGUCUUGGGAAAAGCAGUGAUUUGCUCAAACUGGUUAAAACUGACCCCAUCCCUGUUUUCCUCCUUGUCACAGUGUUGUACUGCCGGUGGGAUGAGUUAAGUUUAAGGUUUCCUAGGAAGAUAGGAGAGGGUGCCUCUCUGGGGCAGUAACUGUGCUGUGGGGCUGUCAGAGGGCUUGCCCCUCCAUAUCUUUCCUCGCUGUCCUCUCUCCAGCACUCCACAAUACCUAAAUUAUUUUUAAUCCAGUGAAGAGAGUGAUUAAGGCCAGACCCAGAGCUAGCCCCAGUGGUCAGUGUGAGAGGCAUGGCAGUGGAUCAUUAACUCUUGGAAAAUAAUUUUCCAGUCGAGUAGUGCUUACACCUGUGCCAGGGUCAGAAAAUCCCCAACUUCUUGGUUUGUGUAUUGAGAACAUUUAAGAUUUCAUCCUCAGCUGCAGGAGUUAGAAGGAAAAGUGGUGAAAACCUGGAGGGAAAUGGAAGCUGCAGAGCCUGCAGAAAGUUUCCAUGGAGCUGGGGGCGAGGGGGCCUGGCUGCUGCUGCUGCUGCUGCUGCUGGGGGCAGAGCUGGCACUUGCCCCAUGGCAUGGGUUUGGCAGAGCCCAGGCGCCUCUGAAGGACAGGCAGGGACCCAGAGGGUUCUGAAUCGAGUUCAGAUUUACUCUCAGUCACCCCAUGUUGCUGAAUUCACCAGAUGGAGGUUUCUGGGUCUUUUGCCAGUAAAUAUAAAACAUGCUGGUCAGGAGUGCGGCUCCACAGGGAUGGUGUGUGUGUAAGACACACAUCUGAGCUGGUGUGGAAAGAUGGACUCACUCAAGGGGACGGAGGCUGCAAGUCAGAUGCCUCUUUUAAAGAAAACCAGUGUUAAAUAAUUAGAAGAUCUUUUGUCCUCUCAAAUGGUGCAGAAAUCAGUUGUUUUUUCCAAGACUGAGCACAAUAGGAUGCAGCUCUUGCCUGCCAGCAUGAAAAAGCAGGAUGCCAGGUUUGAUCUGCCACCAGGACUGUUUCAGUGCUGUCCCCAGGCUGGGAAAGAGCAUCCCAGCAGAGUCAACUUCAUUCAGGAGCCACUUCUGCUGACCCACAGAUCACUCGAGAGGAAGGGCAAGCUUUGUGCUGCAAAAUCAAGUAAAAAGCCUUUUCUUCAGUGGUUUUGCCUGCUUUGCUGUUGUCCUAGCAGGGAGGUGGCACCAGGUGACCCACAGUAGUCCCUUCCAGCCUGACCCAUUCUGGAGUUCUGUGGAAUGCAGAUGUACAUCUUCCCAUACAUUUUUGUUUUCAUCUCUUCUGUACAGAGUUGGAAGUUUUGGGAUCUAUCUUUCUUUGACCCAUCUGUAAAAUAUACAAGUUGGUGCAUAAAGAUACUGUUGAUAAAGUUGCCUCCACCUGGUGUUGGAGCCCUUUAGCUCAGCCUCCAGAACUUAGACAUAAAUGUUAGUCCAUUAUUUAAAAUUUCCUCAGCUUGCUGACCCCAAGUGAGAAGUGAGAGCAUGGACGUGGCUCAUCUUUCCUGCUGUGUGUUUCCCUGGGGUUAGCUUGUGCCCUGGAGGGGAAAACUCCACUUUUUUAGCUCUGGAGACAAGCCUUAAACAUUGAGGAGUAAUUGCAGCGUGCUGCAGGCGAGUUACAGAUUGCUGCUGCUCCUGGGACUGUCUCCGUGGCAGUCUCAGCCUGAUAAAGUUCACAAAGAGCUGGAACCGCUCAAGGCCACAAUUGAAAAAACAUUUUGGGAAGCCGGUGGAAGGUUUCCAGCGUGCCUGGUUGCAGGAGCAGGGAAUGCAGCCUGGCCUCCCCAGCACCAGCAUCUCUGGGGAUUUUUAGCACAUGUGUAGGGACACUUGGGGUGUUGUCCUUUAGGAGCAAGCCUGGCUCGUGCAGGCGUGUGAAUACGAGGAAAUAGCAGCUGUUUUAUGAGAAAAAAGGCUUUAUGAUCUGUUUGCUUACAUGAGAUUAUUGGUUCACCCCCCUGCCAUUUGUACCUGGCAUUUGGAGGCAGAUAGAACCAAGGGAAGCUCUGUGAGGGGGCUCAGCUGCAGAAAAGGAGGCCCAGGGGGACCCUGUGGCUCUGCACAGGUCCCUGGCAGGAGGGCACAGCUGGGGAGGGGGCUCUGGGCUCUGCUCCCGGGGAACAGGGACAGGACAAGAGCAAACAGCCUCCAAGGAUGUUCCCUUUGGGAAGCAGGAGGAUUUCCUCACUGAAAGGGGGGUCAGGCAUUGCCUGGGGAGGUGCUGCACUCCCAUCCCUGGAGGUGUCCAGAGAACAACUUUGGAUGGGGCACUCAGUGCUCCAGGCUCAGUGACAAGGUGGCAUUGGUCACAGAUUGGACUCAAUGGCCUCAGAUGUCUUUCCCAGCCUAAAUAAUCUUGGGAUUCUGUAAAAAUGUGUUGGAGCUAUUGGUUCAUAUCCUUUAAUUUUAUCAGGGUGGGGAAAGCAAGUACCCCUGAUGUUUCCUCCAUGCCCAAACCUGCUCCAUCCUGACAGCAGCACGUUGGGAUGAUGAGCUGUGCUGCACCCUGCCUGGAACACCGACACGGAUUGAGCCAGGAUCAUUGUCCAGGGGUUGUUGUUUUGUUCUGCUUGUUCCCUUUGCCUCCAGGCUGCUCCAGCCGAAGUGCAGCUUGCCCAGACUUGCACUGCACGGAAGUGGGAGGGAGCUUUGAGGCUGAAACAAGCAAGGGACUCCUUUGGGAAUGAGAGACUCCAGGGAUGGAAGCUGAGCUGUGACCCUGUGCCAGUGUGCUUUUGGCUUCUGGCCUCCCGAGGGGAAAGGGAGGAAGUGGGAGCAGGACAGGAACCUGUGCCAGGCAGAGCAUCCUGCCCUCAAACCCCUGCUCUGGGAGUGCCUGCAAGCAGGAGAAAGGCUGUGCUUCCUCUGGGACGGCAGUGCAGGAGCUGCAGGGGCAUGAGGAGAGGGAAUUCUGGGCACUCUGGGCCUGCAGCAGGCACCUGAAGCUGGCUUUGCUCCUGGCACUCAGAUUCCCUGUGCCCAAAGCCUGGCUUUGCUCCUGGCACUCAGAUUCCCUGUGCCUGAAGCCUGGCUUUGCUCCUGGCACUCAGAUUCCCUGUGCCCAAAGCCUGGCUUUGCUCCUGGCACUCAGAUUCCCUGUGCCCAAAGCCUGGCUUUGCUCCUGGCACUCAGAUUCCCUGUGCCCAAAGCCUGGCUUUGCUCCUGGCACUCAGAUUCCAUGUGCCUGAAGCCUGGGUUUAUUCCCAGGACUCAGAUUCCCUGUGCCCAAAGUCUGGCUUUGCUCCUGGCACUCAGAUUCCCUGUGCCCAAAGCCUGGCUUUGCUCCUGGCGCUCAGAUUCCCUGUGCCUGAAGCUGGCUUUGCUCCUGGCACUCAGAUUCCCUGUGCCCAAAGCCUGGCUUUGCUCCUGGCACUCAGAUUCCCUGUGCCCUAAGCCUGGCUUUGCUCCUGGCACUCAGAUUCCCUGUGCCUGAAGCCUGGGUUUAUUCCCAGGACUCAGAUUCCCUGAGACAUCCCCGGGCCGUUCCACAGCCCUGUGUUUACGUCCUCCCAGUGCUCCCUGAUUGCUUAACUGCUGGUCAAGGACUCUUGAGAAUCUCACAGGAAACUGGGGAAGUGCAAAGCGGGAUUGCUGGGCCGUCUCCUGCCGAUGUUUCUGUAUGUCAGACAGAGCUGUGAUAGCAGUGGCAGAGUAUAAACAUCUGGGCUUGAGAAAAGUGCUGCAGAAGCUCUUGUGCAGCCUCUGGAGAUCUCACCCUUUUUGGGAAAUAAUGGCCAGCACCAGUUAUCCUGCACUAAAAAAUAAUUCCUUUUUUUCCCCUUUUCUUUCCAGACUUUAUAUUCAGAGCACCCAUUAAAUUAAGCAAAACAGGAGAGCUCCGAGAAGAAUAUGAAAGCCAGCUAAGGAAGCUGAGAGAAGAAAAGCUACAAGAAGAAAAGACAUCUGAGGAUCUGAUUCACAAGUUCAUCCUAGAUGACAUGGACAUAGGGAAAAGAAAAAUGGAGGAGCAGCAGAAAAAAGAUGAAUCUGUAGUGCUGAAAGGGAACCAAGACUGUUUUCCGGAGCGUCUCUCGGACUCGGAGAACGAGGAGCCGUUCCAGGGCAAGCAAACACACCGCUCAGCUUUUGUUUCCAGGACCAGCGCUUACUCCUUUGCUUUCCUUUCAGGGAAUUUAACCUCCAAGGUGGAGAGGAGCCGGAGCUGCAACGACACCAUUCAGGAGAGAUCCAAGAGCAGGCAGAGAUCAGCCCCAGCCACCAAAGCCAAGGUGCCGCCCGGCCCCGCGCCGCUGCUGGGGGUGCUGUCGUGCGCGCAGAACCACCGCUGCCUGUCGGCGCCCGAGCUGAGCGCCGAGCGGCGCCUGCUGCUCAGCGCCGCCUCCUCGCUGUCCGCGCUGCACCGCCCCGAGCGCUCCAUCAGCCCCGAGAGCAACGACAGCAUCUCCGAGGAGCUCAACCACUUCAAGCCCAUCGUGUGCUCCCCGUGCACGCCCCCCAAGAGGCUGCCCGACGGCAGAGUGCUCAGCCCCCUCAUCAUCAAGUCCACCCCCAGGAACCUGAACCGCAGCCUGCAGAAGCCCACCACCUAUGAGGCCAGUCCUAGGAUACUGAAGAAGUGGGAGCAGAUAUUUCAGGAGCGUCAGAUCAAAAAGACUCUCUCCAAAGCAACCCUCACGUCCUUGGCUUCGGAGCCCGGGGAGGACGUCGCAGUUCCUGACAUCACCAACGCCAGCAGUUGCACUAAAGAGCAGCCACAAGCGCAGGAGGAUCACCUUGCGCCUGACACGACGGCAGAGCCUCGCCCUGAGCUGGAUUUCCUCCCUUCGGUCAGUGAAGUGAGGCUGGGAAGGGGGACUGAGAAGAACGGGGGUUCGCAGGCCUCAGCCGCUGAUGACGGUGCUGCAGAACCAGAUGUGAGAUCAAACGUAACCUGCCUAAACACACGGGUGGCUGAGGCCCCCGACCUAAAGGUGAACACAUUCACGGACAAAUCCUGCCUCAGCCUGGGCCCCAAAGCGCUGAGCAGGAGGCUCGUGGGCAUCGGCGCGUCCCUGCCCGACGGCAGCGCGCUGGCAGCGCCCCUCAAGGGGAAGAAGCAGCUGAAGUACCUGAACAACAGCGAGCUGAUGAACGUGCAGAACAGCGUGUGCGGCUCCGUGGAGAAGCUCCUCGGGGAGCAGGCGCCGCUGCUGCGCCGCGGCCGCAAGAGACGCUGCAAAACCAAGCACCUGGAGCACAACGGCUCCGUCAAGAGACUGAGGCACGCGGCCCCGGCGGAGGCGGCGCUGCCCCCCGAGGGCCGGGACAGCGUGGAGCAGAAGCUCCAGCAGGAGGAGGAGGACAGGAGGCUGGCCCUGCACCUGCAGCGCAUUUUCGACAGCGAGAACAGGACGGUGGAGAGGCGCAGAGUGCGCGUGGACCGCUACCUGCUGCGCUCCAAGAGCACGCUGGGCGCCAAGUAGCCCGGCCAGGCCAUGCUGCCUUCCUGGGGGACAGUGAGCUUUAUCAGAUUGUCUUAGAGGAAAACUAUUUUUUGCCCUACUUCACCCACGCAGUUGUUUUUUCGUUUCGGUGGUAAGACAUUUCUGGGUCCAGUUCAGAGAGAAGCCAGCGUCCUUUCAGAUUUAGAACAAAAAGAGAGAGAACGAGAAAAAAAGUCCUCAGGUGCGUUGGUCUGAAGGAGUUGUCUUUGAUCCCUGUGAAUACACUGCAAGGCCUCCACAGGCAGGCAGGCAGGCACACCUGGGAUCUCCAGGUAGCAGGGCUGUGAAUGUGGGGUAUGAGGACCAUCCCAAGAGAAAUCUGAGCUCUGCUCAUAAAAAUUGCCUGAGAGUCCUCUCCUCUCUGCCUGCCCCCUUUUCUCCCUCAGGCUGCAUCUGGUUGUGGGGUCAGCCUCUCAUCCAUGCUCUGUAUUUCUCCUGGGGAGUCCUAAACAGAGCCCCCCUGUAUUAUUUCCAAAUGAAUGUAUCUCACUGUCUGCAGCAGCAGCACAGAUCAUUUGUCACUUUCUUGAAGCAGAAAGCCAAAUGCAGUGAAAAGAAGGACCUGAAAUAAGGAUUUUACUGAAAAACCUGCCCCUGCUCCAGCUUCCAGGCUUCAGGCUCCAACCACUAAGAAAGCUCAGGUGAGUGAUGCACUACAAACUUGCAGGCAUGGAGCUGCCUGGAGCAGAGCUGGCUCGGAGCCUGGCCUUGGUGGAGCGGGUGUUCUCUGCCCACAUGUGGCAGGCCACCCUCUGAGUGUUUCUAACCCUCUUCCAUGGGUUAAUUGCAUGGAUUAUUUCCCUACUGACAUAGCUCAAAAAGUUCCCUUCCAUUUCAGCCCGUGGCAGCUGCCUUGCAGAGUGUUCAUGGGGACCUUUGUCUGGGGCAGGGGUUGUGGCUUUACCUGUCCUGCCCCCCGUGUGCCAGGGCUGUUCUUGGGAUGAGCACAGUGCAGGGACCAACUUCCCUUGGAUCCUGCGAAGGGGGGCAGCCAGUGCUCAUGGAUAGACAGAUGUGGUCUAACUGCAUUGCCCCAUUUCCUCCCUCCAUCUUCAACAGUUAAAAAGAAAACAGGAACUGGUUUUCUUUUUCACUGCAAGGACCCUGGCAGGCUUUUUCCCCCCUAACUGAACUGGAUUUAAAAAAAAGGAAAAAAACACAGGAAAAAAAAGAAAAAAGAAAUCUUAUAUUUUAUUGGGUAAAAUUUAUAUAUUUUGAAUACUAUAUUUCAACAGAUUGACACUUUUGUUUUGAGAAAUCUUAUAGCAAUGAUUCCAUAAUAUAUAUCUCUAUCUCUGCAUCUCCUUGCCACACAAACCACUGGAUGGUUCAGGCUGUACCUGGGGCUGGUGGCACCUGGCCUGCCCUGCCUUCCUCUCCUGCACCACAGCCUGGCAGGUGCUGCUUUGGGCCCAAACCAAACCUGCUCCUCUGUCCAGCUGCCAGUUAGAAGGAAAUUGAGGAAUGAGAGCCUUGGCUGGACCCAGAGGAGCAGCACAGAGAGAAGCAGCGAUGGCCUGGGUCUGCCCUGGGAGCUCAGAGGGAAAGCCGCAGCUUUAACCCGGGAUCCGUGCUGGUUUUCCCAGCAUUUUGAGCUGCAAUGUGCACUUCCCAGGUGCAUUCAGAUGUAGAAUUCUUUUUGCAGGCCCCUUUUCUGCGGCUCAUACCUGGAGCCCCAAACAGACUUCCCUAAACACUUUCCUUUUUUCUCGUGGUGUUCGUGGGGGUUCAGCUGGGCCUGGGCUGCUUACACCACAAAAAAACCUAUUUAGAUGCUGAAUGUAUCUUUUCUUCCCCCUCUUAAAACAGAUUUCACAGCCCAAUGCACUAUGCCAGUGUCUUAAAUACCUUCUUUUGAAAAGAUUUUAUAAGUGUUUAGGGGUUUGUGCGUUGAUUUGCUGAUCCCAAAUCCAAGCUGGGCAGAAGUGUAGGAGGCAGUGCCUGGGCUGGAGCUUGUCCCCAGCCCAAAAAAGCUUCAUGGGACCCCCUGUGCUCCCAGAACAGAGAUCCCAGCUGCCCAGGCAUCACGCACAGGCCAUGGGGCCUGCGUUCAAGGAGACCUUUGGAUGUGCAAUCACAGUCCUGUCCUGGAAGGGUUGCGGCGACGCAAAGCCAGGAUGAAUGUUUUAUUAAUUUAAUGCUCUCCAAGUCUGUGUAAGCUUGCAAAAACCAACAGAAAUUGUAAAUAAUUACACUAAACGGAGCAGGAGCACCCAGCCUCUCCCCUGUAAAGGUCACCAUUGCCAGAAAUCAUGCCAGCUGAGAAGGAAGAUUACCUCCUGCUGAACGGUGGAUGCAGCACACGAGAUCACACCAAGUAUUUAUUCACGCUCCUCUGCAAGUCCUCUGCAACCCUCAGCUGCCUUCCCCCUGGGAUGAAGGCAUUCCUGGCUGGCCGUGGGGCAGCACGGGCAUGGGAGUGUCCUCCUCCCAAAGUGUCUCCUCCAGAGGGGCUGGGGUUGGCUCCCUGACGGAAGGACUGUGUCUGCCAAAGAUGCACCAGCUCCCAGACAGCUGCUAUCCCACCCUCUGGAGCUCUCUGCCCGGGAACAGCCGCGCAGGAAGGUCUGUGUGCGGAGUCAGCCCGAUGAGACAAAUGAAGGAAAAGUGCCAAAAGGGAUGGUGCCAGGUGAUUGAUUGAUUGAUUGUAUGACGCUGUUGUCUAUUGUCAGUAUUUCUCUUCCAAUGCUAUUGUACAUGCAGUGCACAGCAGUCACAAAGUGUAGCUUGAACAAGCGCUUCUUUCUCUGCAUUUUCUCAGCGGAAGCAAAGGGGGAGAUCCAAGCCUUAAAGACUCUGAGAAAACAAGCCUUUAGCAAUGCUGCGAGGGCAGGACAGCCCUGGCCCGUCCCCAGUUGUCCGGCAAGGAGCUCAAGGAGCUCGUCCCACGGCCGAGGGGGCGCAUGAGACGGAGCCCGCCCUGUGUCCAUGGUGGAGCCGUGGGUGUCACCGGCGUGGGGCCGGGCCGAUCCCCGUGUGCCAUCGCCCUGGCACUGCCGGCAGCGCCGUGCGUCCCAGCCAGCCGCUCGCUGUGCCCGCGCAGAGCCGGGCUGGGCCGCGCAGGGAGCCCCACAGCCCGGCUGUCCUGCGCUUCCCUCGGCCACGCUGUAAAUCCUCGUGCUUCGUGCUCCCCUGCCGGCAGAGCUCCGGCUGGCUGCGGGCUCCGCUCUGCUCCCCGUGCCACCGCCCGGCCCCGUGUCACGCUCAGACACGGGCGGGCACCCGCCCUGGCGUGCAUGUGUGAAACGUGCCAGUGGAAUGACGUGCAGGCGUCCGUCAUGUCGUGGCUUCUCUUGUUGGAAACAGAGUAAACCUUGCUCGUGAAACACUUGUCACAAACCUGAAAUACGCCGGCUCAUGUGUACAAAUAACAGUGUUUGUUCUAACAGCAACCGGGACUUGAACUGCAGGGCAAAGGCCGAGGUUCAAACAGAAUAAAAACAGAUUCUGACA